AUGGCCACCGAAGACCUGCUCCUGAUUCUCAUGCCCUGGACGCCGGACCCGGCCUGGGUCGCCAGUCUCGGCAUGCCUGUUGAGUCCCGUAAGAUCGGGAUGUAUCAAACAGAGCUACCGAAAGAUAUCAGCCCAGAGACGUGGGCGAAAGUCACGAUCUUAUUCACUUGGAAAUCCUUUCCCACCAAAGAGAUGGUGCCGAACCUGAAAUACGUGCAACUCCUCAGCGCCGGCUGCAACCAAGUCUUUGGACUGCCGCUGUUUGAGGAUACAAAAAUCGACUUUUGCACGUCAAACGGCACGCACCCUCCUCAAAUCGCCGAAUGGGUUUUCUCGACCUUUCUUGCUUUCCAGCAUCACAUCCCUGAAUACCUGGACAACCAGAGAGAGUCCAAAUGGAUUGAUCCCCCUUCCGAUGAAGACACGGAAGACGCAGUUGGCCUGCGUGUAGGCAUCCUGGGUUACGGCUGCGUCGGCCGCCAAGUCGCUCGCGUAGCAAAAGCCUUCGGCAUGAGCGUCCACGCUUACACUCUUCAUCCUCGCUCAACGCCAGAGUCCCGCAAAGAUGACUCCUUCACGGAACCAGGCCUCGGCGAUCCCAACGGCGAGUUUCCGUCGAAGUGGUUCCACGGCAAGGAGCAAUUGAACGAUUUCCUCGCUUCCGACCUUGAUCUGCUGGUCAUCACCCUCCCUCUGACGGACCAGACCAAGGGCAUGAUUUCUCGAGAGCAGUUCCAGUUGUUGAGCAAGAAGAAAACCUACGUUUCGAACGCAGGAAGAGGGGCCGUUAUCAACACCGAUGACCUGGUCGUCGCUCUUGACGAAGGGCUCAUCAGGGGCGCGGCACUGGAUGUCACGGAUCCGGAGCCUCUUCCCGCUGAACACAAGUUGUGGAAGUACAAGAACGUCAUAAUCACUCCUCAUUGCGCCGGAAACUCGACGCACUACUACGAAAGAGUGCGCAAGAUUCUGGUGUACAACCUCGAGAGACGGGCGCGCGGGGAGAAGCUUGUCAACAUAGUCAGCAGGUCGGAGAGAUACUGA